GUGGUUGUGACUGUGAAUCCACUGGCGCAGCGACAUGACCACCGCGUCGACAUGGACGACGCCGCCGAAAGACUGGACAGAGACGCCACUCACGCAAACGACUUUGUCAGACGACCUGACUAACAUCCAUUCACGCUCCUUCACCGUCCUCAAGGCUCUGGAGCGACUGCAUCUACUGCAUCCGACGCCACCUCUACACAAGCACAAGCAUAAGCUUCCAGACCAUGUCGACCCCCAUGUUCAACUCGUGCUGCACAUCGUGGGUGCCGAUUUCCGAGAAGGAAAUGAAGUGUCAGAGACGCUGCGAAUAUUUGACCAACUCGUCGCGGCGUUCCAGUCUCAAGGGCAAACCAACACAUGGGACGAGCUCGUGCUGGUGUUUAUCGGGCCGAACGUCGCGCGCAAGUUGCAUGGCAAAAACGAGCAUGUGUCUCUUCUCAAUGGAAAGAGCGUGCGCGUUCAAUACGUAGCGGAGCUGUGGGACGAGUACUUGCGCAGCCGCGCGUAUAUUUCCCCUGCGGUCCUGUUCUGCUUCAACGCUGGCGUCUGGGGGUACGACGAGUGGCUGCCGACGUUCCAGCGCAUGGUGCAGGAGGCCCCCCAUGCACCCAUCGUUGUCACUUCGUACAACGAAUGCGAAGCCAUCGACGACAGUGACGCCAUUGCUGACGUCGAAGUGCCCAUCUCUUGGCAGUGGACCAUGGAAGCGAACCCAUUUGCGUCGCGGAGUGCGCGGCCAAGCCACCAUGACCGAGUGCUGCACGAAAAUGCGUAUUGGCAGUGCUUUGGAGCCAAGUGACCCACGACGGCAUGGGACGAGCGUAAGUAUGGACACCCGCGUCGCCGGAAGCUUCUGUGAAGCCAUGUAACAUGCGACGAUGAUGUCGAAGUAGUGUAAACCCCGAAACCCCGCAAAAUCUACUCGUCGUCCGGAUAGCUAGUAAUCAUUUCCGGAUAAUGAUCAACCGCGU